AUGGCCAAUAAACCCCAUGGCGGCGUCCUCAAGGACCUGAUUGCCAGAGAUGCGCCGCGGCACGACGAGUUGGAGGCGGAAGCGGAGACUCUGCCCGCCAUCGUGCUCACCGAGAGACAGCUCUGCGACUUGGAAUUGAUCUUGAAUGGCGGCUUCAGCCCUCUCGAAGGUUUCAUGGAUGAAACGGAUUACAAUGGCGUCGUCGCCAAUACCCGUCUCGCGGACGGCAACGUCUUCAGCAUCCCUGUCACGCUCGAUGUUUCCGCCAAGGAGAUCCAGGAUCUGGGGGUGAGCCCCGGAGCCCGCAUCACCCUCCGAGAUUUCAGGGAUGACCGCAAUCUGGCCAUCCUCACGGUGGACGACGUCUACCGACCAGACAAACAGAAGGAAGCUGAAGAGGUCUUUGGCGGGGACGAAGAGCAUCCCGCCGUUAAAUACCUCUUCACGAAGGUUCAAGACUUCUACGUUGGAGGAAAGGUCGAAGCUGUAAACAAGCUGGAUCACUAUGACUAUGUCGCCCUUCGAUUCACACCCGCUGAGCUACGAUCCCAUUUUGACAAGCUCGGGUGGUCAAAAGUCGUUGCAUUCCAGACCAGAAAUCCCAUGCAUCGAGCCCACCGCGAAUUGACCGUUCGAGCUGCCCGUGCCCGCCAAGCGAACGUGCUGAUCCACCCAGUCGUCGGCCUCACCAAACCCGGCGACAUUGACCACUUCACCCGUGUUCGCGCCUAUCAGGCUAUUCUAUCCAGGUACCCCAACGGAAUGGCCGCUCUGGGUCUUCUCCCCCUUGCCAUGCGAAUGGGCGGUCCCCGCGAAGCGAUCUGGCACGCCAUCAUCCGCAAGAACCACGGAGCCACGCACUUCAUCGUCGGACGAGACCACGCGGGCCCAGGGAAGAAUUCCAAAGGCGUCGACUUCUACGGCCCGUAUGACGCCCAACACGCCGUUGAAAAGUACAAGGACGAGCUUGGCAUCGAGGUCGUUGAGUUCCAGCAGGUGACCUACCUGCCAGAUACAGACGAAUACAGACCCAUCGACGAAGUGCCCGAGCACACCAAAACGCUCGACAUCAGCGGAACGGACCUGCGAAAGCGCCUGCGCACCGGCGCCAGCAUCCCCGAAUGGUUCUCCUACCCGGAGGUCGUCAAGGUGCUGCGCGAAUCGAACCCACCCCGAUCGACGCAGGGCUUCACCAUCUUCCUCACUGGCUACCAGAACAGCGGCAAGGACGCCAUCGCACGGGCCCUGCAGGUGACUCUGAACCAGCAGGGCGGCCGCUCCGUCUCCCUGCUGCUGGGAGACACAGUGCGGCACGAGCUGUCCUUCGAGCUCGGCUUCUCCCGCGAGGACCGGCACAAGAACAUCCAGCGCAUCGCCUUCGUCGCCGCGGAGCUUACCAAGUCUGGUGCCGCCGUCAUCGCCGCGCCCAUCGCGCCGCACGAGCACAGCAGGCAGGUUGCCCGCGACACCAUCUCCUCCGUCGGAAGCUUCUUCCUCGUCCACGUCGCCACUUCGCUGGAGUACGCCGAGAAGACUGAUAAGAGGGGCAUAUACGCCAAGGCGAGGCGCGGAGAGAUCAAGGGCUUCACGGGCGUGGACGACCCGUACGAGACGCCCAAGUCGGCGGACCUCACUGUCGACGUUGAGAAGCAGACUGUGCGGGCUAUUGUCCAUGAGAUCAUUCUUAUGCUUGAGAGCCAGGGGUUCUUGGAUCGCAGUUAG